AUGCUGAAGCUUCAAUCUGACGGAAGCUUUGACGCGCCGGCGGAAUUCACGCCGCAGUCAUUACAGCAGCAUUUUCGGACAGCAGGGGUGUCCGGCGCUAGCAACUACAGCAGAGUCUACAUCCUCGAAGGGCUUCAUCCAGAUUUCGUUUCCGUGCUUGGCGAGCAUUUCGGCAUGCAUCCUUCCUUCUUCGUCGACCACGAGCGGGUGGUCGUCAAUGCCGACGUCGCAGCAAAAGAAGCCGACACCCUGGUUCUGCCAUCCUUGCUCAAAUCAAGACAGCACUGCCUCAUCAUUACGGAUCCACCGUUGCAAGUGGUGCGGCUCGCUCCGGAUGAAAAGACAAACACAGUGGUGCCGAUCGCGCUCACGCAUUUCCAGGGCGGCUAUCUCGACUUCAUGCCGCACGAGAUGCAAAUGAGAACCCAGUCAGGGCCACCUCGCACAUCAAUGCUCGAUGACAUAUGCUUCUACAUCCGGACUUACGCCAACCUCAUCAAUACAGGCACCCCUGAGGGUAUCUUGCUGUUUGCGAAGAAAAUUGUAGCGUCGCACUACCUGCAGCAUGCCCAAUUCAUGCGGUCGAUCAUCUCCACAACCCAGUUCCACAUGUCCCGCAAGGCUGCUAUCCGCUUGGAGCAGUUCAGCGGAGAGUUUGUAGAGGCUCAGUGGAGCGACGGGCAAGCCCUGGAGAGGCGCAUGUGCGAGUACUGUGAAGACCUGGAGGGUAUCAUGCUGUAA